AUGAAAGAUAAGAUGUCUGAUGCCCAGCCUCCACGGCAGCCUGCAAACAAAAUGAAAUACGCAAGUGACUCUCAAACUUCUGAAUCAGAUGCUCCUGUGACUAAAAUCAGAGCCCCAUUAAGUGCAAGACUCUCAAGUUUCAAGACCCGAACAAUCACAACUUUUAUUAUGAUCGGCAGCUUCUUAUUGAUCGUGGCUGCAGGGCACUUCUAUUGCUGCUUACUAGUCCUUUUCAUCAACACGUGCAUUUUUAAAGAAAUCAUUUCUUUAAAGAGAGAUGAGCACAGAGACCAAAAAUUGCCCUUUUUCUUUGUAAUUAAUUGAUACUUUUUUGUUCUGACUGAAAUCUUCGUAACAGCAAUGUUCCUCAAGGACCGCGGAUUUUUGCACGAAUACGAUGCAGUUGCAGUAAUUCCUAGUUAGUUUGUCUACAAUUACAGCUACUUACUCAGCUUUAUCAUGUAUGUUAUAGGAAUUUGCCUUUUUGUAAUCUCGCUGAGGAAAGGGCAGUAUAGAUAUAGGAUUUGCCCUAGGAUGGCGCUAUAUGGCGCCAUCCUAGGGCAAGCGAAAAUUGGCUCCACACGGGAACCGUAUUCCACGUGUGGAGCCAUUUUUCCACGUGUGGAAUCCACAUUUUCCCACGUGGAAAAAUGGCUCCACACGUGGAACACAAUUCCCGUGUGGAGCCGUGUCUCCUUAUCUUAUCUUAUGUAUUUAUAUCGCUUAACGUCCACUACGGGGUUACAACUCCAGGUUUAUCACUCGCCUUUCGUCGCAUCGGGCCCACCAGGCUGCUGGAGACAGUCUCGCUUCGAUCACCAAGGGUGCUUCUAGGGCAAAUGUCCACGUCUUCGACGGCUCAUGGAUGAGCUACUUGCUUGUUACAUGGGUUGCUUUUCCGAAAAACCCAAAAAAAUGGAUUUUUCUGGUCGGCUAUCGGCAAAAAGGAAAAAUGCAAAGCCUGGACGUAACGCCCAGUUUCACGCUAGGGAGUUGCCCGAAUGGUCCAGAGGACUUUGCUGAGCUUCCCCUUUCCAACCCUACACCUUCCUUUCCCACGAGGAAAAAUCCACCUCUGAGAACAGACUAGGGCUAGGCUCUGAAAGCUACCAGAAUUGCUUACCUAGCAUUGCAGUCCAUCUCUGAAAUGGUAAAACCUUGCCGGAUAUAAUUAAAAUAUGAGUCGAGGCUGUAUGGCCGGGAGGCCAUACCCAGACGAAGACGCCAUAUUUUAAUUUAUGGAGCCGUGUCUCCAAUUGCCCGAGGAUGGCGCAAUAUAGCGCCAUCCUCGGGCAAUUUCUAUACCAGUUUAGGAUUUUUGGAUGGACACACAUUACCUGCAUGCUUGUGGUUACACAAGGCACAACUGUUAUAAUCAACGCUUACAAUGGGCUGAUUUGGUUCUUGCUUCCUGCCUCACUGGUCAUCACAAAUGACUGUUUUGCUUAUAUAUUUGGAGUCUUUUUGGGAAGAACGCCUUUGAUCAAACUAUCUCCAAACAAAACAUGGGAAGGCUUCAUAGGCGGUUUGAUUUCAACAAUAGUGUGGGCUUAUUUCGUAAUUUUAACAUAGUUCUCUCACUUUUUGGCACAAUUCGAGUACAUGGUGUGCCCUCAAAGCUCGUUCACGCUUACACCUUUCACCUCUUUGCACUGUGACACUGGAGAGCUUUUAAUAAGAAAAGUUAGAGAGUUGCCGUGGAUUUUCAGUUACAUUGGGCUGCCUUAUGUGAAUGUUACAAGCUUAGAAGUCCACUCAAUGGUUUUGGGAUUUUUCGCAGGCUUCAUCGCUCCUUUUGGAGGAUUUUUCGCUUCGGGAGUGAAGAGAGCUUUUCAUAUAAAGGACUUUGGAAACUCGAUACCAGGACAUGGUGGAAUGACAGACAGAAUGGAUUGCCAACUCAUGAUGGGAAUGUUUACCUGCGUGUGGGUGCAGUCAAUUGUAAUUAAGCAAGCUCCAAGCGUAGCUUAUAUGAUGGCACAGGUGAUGCGAAUGACAGAAUCACAGCAGGCUGAACUCUUGGAGCAGCUGAAACUUAAAUUAAGCCAAAGUUAA